AUGCCAUUCUCAAUUGUUCAAGUUUCAAAGAGUCUUUGCAGCUUCAGCUCAACUUCCAAUAGCUUUCCACGAGAUUUUGUCCAAGUUAUGGAAGAAUUGGUAAGAAGAAAUAAGUCUGGAGAGAUGGAGACUUUGGUCCUUUGUGCUUGGGGUUUAUGGUACAGAAGAAAUAAACUCAUGUAUGAGAACAAGAAAUUAUCCCCAAAACAGGCCAUAGACCAUGCCCUUUCAUUGUACCAAGAACACUUAUCUGCAACAUAUGAGCAAAAGAGAGGAUUGAUGCCUCAAUGCCGUUGGCAGCCUCCACCUGCAGGAGUUUUGAAGCUUAACAUCGAUGGUGCUACAUUCCAUGAGCAAUGCAGAUCGGGCGUGGGCAUGGUCCUUCGAGAUGAGAGGGGGAAGGUGCUCUUCACAGCUAGCAAACCAGAACAUGAUGUAAGUGAUCCAAUCGAGAUAGAGUUCUUGGCAGUUCUGAGAGGCCUCCAAAUUUGUUUUCCUUUGAGAAUCAGUGAGUUAGAAGUGGAAAGUGAUUCAUUGCUGGUGGUCCAAGAACUUAACAAAGAACAAGAGUCAAUGUCUGUUUGGGGAAACUUGGUUUCUGAAAUCAAGCGGAUGUUACACAGAUUUCCUAAAGUUAUAGUUCAACAUAAAGGCCGUAUGGCCAAUGCAGUUGCCCAUUGUUUGGCAAGACAGUCAUGGUGUAUUGAUGAGCUAGUGAUUUGGUGGGACUCUUUUCCUGAAGAUGUCUCACAAAUCAUAUGGCAUGAUGCCUUGAUGUAA